UCCUGGCCCCUCCCCUCCCCGCGCGGAGCUCAAGCCUCUUCUGUGGUGUCUCUCGCAGCCUUCCCACCAAGCAGUCUCCCGACCGUCCACCCUACUGGAAUCCCCCUUCUCCCCUCCAACAUGGCUACGGUGGUCACCUCGACCCGCUUCACGGAUGAAUACCAGCUCUACGAGGAACUCGGGAAAGGCGCCUUCUCGGUGGUGAGGCGCUGCGUGAAGAAGUCCACGGGCCAGGAGUACGCCGCCAAAAUCAUCAACACCAAAAAGCUGUCGGCCAGAGAUCACCAGAAAUUGGAGCGAGAGGCGAGAAUCUGUCGUCUGCUCAAACAUCCAAACAUAGUUCGACUUCAUGACAGCAUUUCAGAGGAGGGCUUCCAUUACCUCAUUUUUGACCUGGUGACUGGCGGGGAGCUCUUUGAGGACAUUGUCGCCAGAGAGUAUUACAGCGAGGCAGACGCCAGCCACUGCAUCAAUCAGAUCCUCGAGAGCGUGAGCCACAUCCACCAGCAUGACAUCGUGCACAGGGACCUGAAGCCAGAGAACCUUCUCCUAGCCAGUAAGAUGAAGGGAGCAGCAGUCAAGCUGGCUGACUUUGGCCUGGCCAUUGAAGUGCAGGGGGACCAGCAGGCCUGGUUCGGCUUUGCAGGAACUCCAGGGUAUUUGUCACCAGAGGUGCUGAGGAAGGACCCGUACGGCAAGCCAGUGGAUAUCUGGGCAUGCGGCGUGAUCCUGUACAUCCUGCUAGUGGGCUACCCUCCCUUCUGGGACGAGGACCAGCACAAACUGUACCAGCAGAUCAAGGCUGGAGCGUAUGACUUCCCAUCUCCAGAGUGGGACACGGUGACCCCCGAGGCCAAGAAUCUGAUCAAUCAGAUGCUAACCAUUAAUCCUGCCAAAAGGAUCACAGCCGACCAGGCUCUUAAGCAUCCCUGGGUCUGUCAACGUUCCACCGUGGCCUCCAUGAUGCACCGCCAAGAGACGGUGGAGUGCCUGCGCAAGUUCAACGCCAGGAGGAAACUGAAGGGAGCCAUUCUCACCACGAUGCUCGUGUCCAGAAAUUUCACUGUGGGACGGCAGCACACCAGUCCCGCCGCCACAACCAGCACUGCCGCCAUGGCGCAGGAAGCUUGCAAAACCUUAUUAAACAAAAAGUCGGACGGCGUGAAGAAAAGGAAGUCCAGCUCGAGUGUUUGUUUGAUGGAUUCGCAGACCACUGUCGUGCACAACCCAACCGAGGGUACCAAGGGCUCAACGGAGAGUUGCAACAAUGCCGAAGAGGAGGAGAUGAAAGGGCGCAAACAAGAGAUCAUCAAGAUGACCGAGCAGCUGAUUGAAGCCAUCAACAAUGGCGACUUUGAGGCCUACACGAGACUCUGUGAUCCAGGCCUGACCUCCUUUGAGCCGGAAGCUCUGGGGAAUCUGGUGGAAGGCAUGGACUUCCACAAGUUCUACUUUGACAACUUAUUGAGUAAGAACAACAAGCCGGUGCACACCACCAUCCUGAACCCUCACGUGCAUAUGAUGGGCGAUGAUGCGGCGUGCAUCGCCUACAUCCGCCUGACGCAAUACAUGGACGCGCAAGGCCGCCCGCGCUCCUGCCAGUCGGAAGAGACGCGCGUGUGGCAGCGCCGCGACGCCAAGUGGCUCAACGUCCACUUCCACUGCUCGGGAGCUCCCGCCGCGCCGCUGCAGUGAACGCCACGCGUGCUCGUCUUCAACUCUUCAAGCUGUUUGGUGGAGCGUCGACUCUGCCGUGCCUGCGAGCAUCUUGGCCUGGAACGAGGGUAACAACAUACAAGCUGAGGGGGGGCACAACACAACAGUGGUGACAAUGUCAAAAGAGGGAAUAGACAAACACAAAAACAACAAAGCCACUUAUUAAAAACAACAACAAAAAACUAAUUAGCUUGACUGAAAGAACAGGAGGCCCACUAACGGACCGGUGCAGUUCCUCCACGUGGAUGGUGCAUGUUUGCCAAGGGUGCGCGGGUUCAAUGCCGCCGCCCCGCCCCUGUCGUCUUGUCUGCUUGCACACACACACACGCACACAUAAACAAACAUACAAACACAAGGCGAAUUGUGAGGCACUAAUGAGAAAUUAGCAUAAACGUCCGAUUUUGGACUUUGUUUAGUCACGUUACUUAAAGGGACCAUCAUUUUUUAUUAUGAUUAUUUUCUACUCUUAUCGGUGUUUUUUAUGUAUUUUAACAUACUUUGGGGAGUUUUUAUUUAAUGUGUGAAUUGAUAUGAUGUAUCGAUAUGCAAGACGUUUAGUGUGUGUGUGCAUGGGAAGCCGUUUGAGCGUUUAUUUUAUACUUGAGUUUCACGUUAAGCUCGAGUAUGCUCUUUGUUUUCACUUGUAAGGCAAUUCAGCACACAAGUAGAAUGACUGUGACUCGUCAAAAUAUUUCCAACUACUCGUGCUUUGUCCUCACUAGUCAGACAGUUCUGCGCACUAGUACAACGGUCUCACUUUUUUUUCGCACAGAAAUGUCAUCGGGUGGGGAAUAAAACUUCACCUGGACAGUCUUUCUACAAAGAACCAGUGUGCUGUAUUUCAAGCCAUUUGAUUAUUUAUUUGACAUCCUUGACAUCUGCUUUAGCAUUCGCGCACUAUUACGCUUGUUAUCUUGACUAGGAAGACAAUUCAACGCACUCGUAAAAUGACAAGAACACACUAGAAGAAAAACUUUUUUUUUUUAAAUCACUGCUUGUACCACUUUUAGCCUACCGGCAUUCAAUUAAACCUUACUAUUAAACUACAGUGUUGCACAAGUGACAAUUUUGUCCCAACUAGUAGGCAUGCGCACACGCACGAGCUCAGACAACAAGUAGUUUCGCCUCACUAGUAAGUUACAUGUGGUUGUCCUACUCGUAACAAAGUUGUCCGACCUAGUGUGCGAAAAGACUUGUCUAUAUGGAAAGCUGCAUUUAUUCAAUAUCCUUGAUGUCCACCUCAAGGUCCAUGUACUAGUACAACAUGCGUCCUCGCUCGUAUGACAGAUCAUCAAGUAGGAUUUUUACCAUGUGUUGUAAUUUAUAUUUAUGACGUUUCUGUUUUUUUUUUAAAUGCACCUGUUGCUGAAUCGAAUUUAUAUAGUAUUAUUAUUAUUACAGUGCAUAUUAUCACCAUUAUGAAAAUCUAAUGUGGUUGAGAAAAAACGAGAGCUGAUUCAGAACUGGAGCACAAAAAAAAAAUCCUGAUGAAAAGUUCUCCGGUUGAAAAAGUAAGUUACAAAAAAAAUUGUUAAUUAUUUUGAAAGGCCUAAUAUCCACCGGUAAAUCGCGCUGGCAAAUUUCGUGUUCGUCACACUUUUUAGCAUGCGUAGAUUGCGUACACGUACUGUUAGCGUCCUUGACUCCGCUAGUAGCACCAUAAUGCCGCUUUGGCUCGCUCAUAACAAAUAUUUCCCCACUGGAAUGCCAAUGUUGCCCUACUUGGGUGCAGAAAUGUCAUAAAGGUUUUUUGGGGGGGAAGGGGGGUGUGACAAGACAGAGUCGUUCGAAUAGCGCAUUGAAGUGUCUUGCUAAUGAGUGACAAUGUGUGCACUAGUACAUGGACCUUAAGGUGGUUAUCAAGGAGAUGGAAUACAUGCUCUAAAAUAUUCUCCAUGUACAUUUGCGUCAGCAUGAUUCCACGUCACGCCAGGACUGUUUCUCCGACUGUUGUUCCCCUUACUCCCUCGUCUUCAUCGUGAUGAUAAAUGAUGAUGUCACCCCCCACAUCUCGUGUUUCUUGUCCAUCGCGACUUGCCGUACUUGUGUGUUUCGCUUCUACAAGCAUGUUUGUGGAUUGUCGGCUGAAACACGAGGCAAAGAACAAACAAAAAAAAAACAACUGAGAAUAAAAUGUAAAAAAAUAAAAAUUCAAGGCAUGAUGGGAGGAAUCGUCCUUAAAGGAGCUUUUGUCUUUGCUUUAGUUUUUUUCUGGCUGAAGGCAAUCGACCGGCAGGUCCUUUCUUUGUUGUAAAUGUACUUGUUGUUCAGUGUUUUGGAUGUUUUUUCAAAGUCAGAACUGGAAAAAGGGUUUAAAUGUAUGAAACUGCUGCAAGCCUUUGCUACUGUCACACACGUACAAGAAGUCACAUGAGCACAUGCAAUCCAACGUCGUCCCUUUAAGAGGAAACAGUGCAAACGUUUUUUUGCACCAUCAUAUCGUGGUCCAAUAUCAUGUCUCAAGAAUUGUGACACCAUUAGGCACAACAUUUUGUUUUUAUGAUAGGUCAUCAUCAGAUCUUUGAUUUUUUUUCCCCUGAAUAUUAUCUGAAAUCACCUCUGAACCACGAAAAAUUACCUUUAUUAGGUUUUUUGGGUUUUUUUGGCGGGUAGUUUCUUCACCUUUUAUCUUUAUUUUUGUAGUAUGUUUUUUCUGUUCUUUUUUUCACCUUUAGAAUAAAACUGUUUUUUUAAUAAAAUAAUUUUGUUUAAUAGUUUUAUUCAUUUCAGUUUCCCCCUAUUUUUGUAUUUUCCAUAAAUUAUGUUGAAAUCAGUGUGAAAAAAAUCUCAAUCAGACAAAAAUGUGGUAUAUUUUGAAAUUUUUUUCAUUUUUUAAAAUUAGUUUUCCCUCGCUAACAUUAUGUUUUUGUCGUUAAUCUUUUUUUUCAUUUUUGUGUUACAUUAUUUAGAUUUUUCAUACAUACUGAGAUUAAAUGUUUUUUUCUUUUUAUGUAAUUAUUCAUUUCUUUUUAAUUCCUCCCAUUAUUGUUUUUUUAAGCAUUUUGAUUUAAUUUCUCCAUGAUAAUUUUAACACCAGGUCAACGUUGUGCACUGCACCUGUCACUUUUUUUUUUAAUGAUUUGGGAGUGUUGUCCCAUCCAUGAUGUCACUCCAGCUUCUGAGCUUCCAUUUGUUUUCCACCUGACAGACAAGACAGGGUAUGGAUCUACUUUUGAAUCUGUGUUGUACAUAAUGUCAUGUGACCAAAUAGAAAGUGAUUGCACCAACUACCUAAACUUUAAACACGUUCAUCCACUGUGCAGCUUUUGCUUUAUCUAAAUAUUUACUGUUUGCAGAGGAAAAACAUGUGUGACACUUAUUGUCCAAGCCACAGCAACCGUACAUAAAUAUGAAAAUAUAUGCAGUUUUACACGAUGAUGAUGAUGAAGAUGAAAUAUGCAUGUGUACUUUCUAGUCAUUUUUCACCUUUAACUGGAUGGACAAUUGAGAAUUACUCAUGUCACAGAGUAGAAGAAAGCCUUAUUAGCUUUUUGGCGAGAGUGUGUUGUAAAAAAAAAAAAGAAAGAAAGAAUAACAUGAUAAAGUCGGAUGCCAGGUUUGUUUUUGCAUGGGCAUAAAAUUAAAUCAUGACAGUGGUACAUUUUCAAAGCUGUUUGUGUGGAUGGUUGUUCUUCAUAGCUUGGUUAUUACUGGAAUAUUGAAGUGUAUUUAAUAAAUAAAUUGGAAAAAGCA